AAAGUGAAAUACCAAAUGUCCAAACACACCCUUAAAUCCCAAAAAGCACAAGACCACACACAAAAGAAGGCUUCUCUUCUCUCGUUCUUUCUAUCUUUCUCCUCAGAUCCACCAUUUUUGAGCUCACUCAAACCUCACAACCAUGGCGAAACCUCACCCUCCUCACCGGCCACCAUCUCGUUCCGGCCGUACGAACUUAGCUUCUUGCAUUGUAGCCCUAAUCUUCUUGAUCUUCAUCAUAAUCGUCGUCCUCAUAGUCUACUUCACCGUCUUCAAACCCAAAGACCCUAAGAUCGCCGUCAACGCCGUCCAACUCCCAUCCUUCUCCGUCUCUAACGGCACCGUCAAUUUCACCUUCGCCCAAUACGUCGCCGUUCGGAACCCUAACAAAGCCUCCUUCACUCACUACGACAGCUCCCUCCAGCUACUCUACUCCGGCAGCCAAGUCGGGUUCAUGUUCAUACCCGCCGGAAAGAUCGACGCGGGUCAGACCCAGUACAUGGCCGCCACUUUCGCGGUCCAGUCGUUCCCGAUUUCGCAGCCGGCCACGGCCGGAAUCGGGGCGAACAUGUUGUCGGGUACCAAUUCCGAACCCGGAAUGGGAAUGGGAUUGGGGCUCGGACCGCAACUCGGCGGCGGAUUCGGCGGCAGCCAGAUAGGAGGAGCGACGAUGGAGAUUGAGUCGAAGAUUGAGAUGGCGGGUCGGGUUCGGGUCUUGCAUUUCUUCACUCACCACGUCGAGGCCAAAGCCGGGUGUAAGGUAUCCAUUGCUAUGAGUGAUGGGUCUGUUUUGGGUUUUCAUUGCUAAUAAUAGUUAAGAGUAAUGAAUACCCAUAAGUAAUUUUUUUUUUUCUUUCUAUUUUUGUAAGUUUAUAUGUUAGUUUUAGCAGAUUUGGUGAGUUGGGUUUUCGAUUUUGAUAACUCAAUUUAAUGAAUUUGAAGUGUAUAAAUUAGUAAACUUUUGUUUUUUUGGUAGAUGAAUUGAUAAUUCUCAAAUCAAACUCAUUUUCCCAUUAUGGUA